AUGAGAGUGGCGACGAGAGGCUGCUUGCUCUCGUUGGCUCUCGGGCUCGUUGUGUGCGCUCGUUCCGGAUCACACCCGUUUCCGGAAGAAGAAGGAGAACAGGCAACGUCAACGUCCACACGAAGUCACCACCACACACUGCGGAAAGAAGUGCGGGCACUGCUGUCCUUGGCCCUGAACGUAUCGAUCGCUGAUGAGACGCGUUGGCUGUGUGCCAGACACGGCUUCGCGCUAGGACCAGCUGGUUGCUCAGGCGUGCACUUUUAA